AUGCUGACAUGGCAAUUAAUUUUAGGUGGAAUCUGGGUCAUUGACGGAGCCUUAAGCUCUAAUAAGGUGCAGGCUAGUGCACUGAUAACAUAUAUUUGUCAAAACCUGAUUACUGCUACAAAAUCAGUUGGAAACAGCGAUUACACAGUGGUGUUACGUGGUGAUUCGACAUUAAGAGGUCAUUUUCCAGAGUGGGUUGAGGAGAAAACUACAGGACGUAUUCCAGCUAUCAGUGUUUCAUCAAUCUCUAUCCAACUGUUAUGUAAUGGAGGACCAACAACGGUCUGUGAGCAUCUUUGCAAUUUACAGAAGGUUAGUCAAUUGAGCUUUAAAAUUUUGAAGUCUGAAGGGGUCCCAGUUUGUCGAGCUUCUCAGGGUUGUGGAGAGUUUAUUAUUACUUUUCCAAGGGCAUAUCAUGCGGGAUUCAGUUGUGGUUUUAACUUUGUGGAGGCUGUCAAUGUGGUGCCUGUUGAUUGGCUGGAACAUGGACAAGUGGGUCUUCAUCAAGCCCUAAUCGCAGGUCCAGAUGAGGAGGCUGAUGAUGGUGGUGAUCGAUUGCACUCAUUCCUAAUCGCAAGUCCAGAUAAGGCGGCUGAUGGUGGUCGACGCCCUCCGUAUCAGACCACACAGUUGACAAAUUUUAUGAGUAUCGGUUCACAUUAG